CUGAGGCAUUAUGGGUGGCCCUAGAGGGAGGCGGGAUAAGUGUCAGUCAAAUUCAACUCCGGCGAGCACGAUCCAAAUGAGAAGUUUUAAAAGUUUGGUGAUAGAAAGGGAAAAAAACACAUGACUCUCCUAAUUCGAGUUCCUUUCACGUUACUACGAAGAUCCCAGCGCUGGUCAACGACAGCAGCUCGUCCAUACUCCGUAAUGGAAAAACCUCACAUUUUAGCUUUGCAGCCUGGGGACAAGUCUGGCAUCCACUCUGCCUUUGCACCGAUUAUUGAGAAGCAUUUCACAAUCAUCUCUAAUGAUGAGUUCAGAAAAGACAAGCAACGCUGGGCAGACAAAGUGCAAGCCGUGUUUGUGUGGUGUGCUGUUCCUAAACUUAACAGGGACCUCCUGCAGGUCCUGCCCAACUUGAAGGCUGUAAUAAAUGGAGGCGUUGGAGUGGAUCAUCUUGAUAUCCCAUUGAUAUCCAGUUUUGGGGUAAAAGUAACCAACACCCCAAAUCUGGUCAACAAUGCAACAGCUGAUUUGGGCAUGACCUUGCUACUGGCAUCUGCACGGAAGGUCAUACAAGGUUACAAGACUGGAGUUUCUCCAGAAAUUACAGAAUAUGUUCAGAGUGAAAUUGGAUAUGAUGUCAGUGGUGCGACCCUUGGUAUCAUCGGAAUGGGUAGAAUUGGCUACCAGGUUGCCAAAAGAGCUAAAGGAUUUGACAUGAAAAUCCUUUAUCACAAUCGAAACCGGAGGAAAGAAGCAGAAGAAAAAGCUGUAGGCGCCCAUUAUUAUGAAAAAAUGGAUGACCUGCUGCGUGACUCUGACUUUGUGAUGCUGGUUGUGGACUUGUCUCCACAGACUUACCAUCUAAUUGGAAAAAGAGAGCUAAGCUUAAUGAAACGAACGGCCACUCUCAUCAACAUAAGCAGAGGUCUUGUGGUAGACCAGGAUGCUCUUGUUGAAGUUCUGAGUACAGGACUGAUCCAUGCAGCAGCUCUGGAUGUGACAUAUCCCGAACCCCUGCCGAGAGACCACCCACUGCUCAAGCUUGACAAUGUCCUUAUAUUGCCUCAUAUGGGAAGCCAUACCUACCAGACAACUCAAGUCAUGGUGGAAAGAAUGGUCGCCAAUGCCCUUGCGAUAUUGAAUGGCCAGCCACCACUUGAUGAGGUGAAAGCAUCAAAAUAAAACAAAAAGAGGAAAAGUAUGUUAAUGUUUUAUCAGUGACGUGAUAAUUUGUAAUUACUUUUUAACUUUUCCAUAAAUCAAUUUUGAAGGUACAA